CGGAAGCGCCGAGUCUCCAUGGCGGCGGCGACGGCGGCGGCGGGGCCGGUGCUCUGGAGGCGGCUACUGGGCCUGCUGCCUGGCCGCCCCGGGCUGGCCGCGCUCCUGGGGCGCCUGUCUGACCGCCUGGGCAGGAACCGGGACCGCCGGCGCAGGAGGUCGCCAUGGCUGCUCUUGGCUCCUUUGCUGUCUCCAGCUGUCCCCCAGGUCACCUCCCCACCUUGCUGCCUGUGUCCAGAGGGUGUGCACAGGUUCCAGUGGAUCCGAAACCUGGUCCCAGAGUUUGGGGUCUCCAGUUCCCACGUCAGGGUGCUUUCAUCCCCGGCCGAGUUUUUCGAGCUCAUGAAGAGUCAGAUCAAUGUGGCCAAGAGACGUGUGGUGAUGGCGUCACUCUACCUGGGGACAGGUCCUCUGGAACAGGAACUGGUAGAUUGCCUGGAACACACUCUGGAAAAGUCACUCCAAGCGAAGUUUCCUUCAAACCUCAAGGUGUCCAUCCUCUUGGACUUCACGCGGGGCUCAAGAGGUAGAAAGAACUCCCGCACCAUGCUGCUCCCGCUGCUGCAGAGGUUUCCAGAACAGGUCCGCGUCUCUCUCUUCCACACGCCUAACCUGCGCGGGCUUCUCAGGCUCCUGAUCCCUGAGCGUUUCAACGAGACGAUCGGCCUGCAGCACAUUAAAGUGUACCUCUUUGACAACAAUGUCAUCUUGAGUGGCGCGAACCUGAGCGACUCAUACUUCACCAACCGCCAGGACCGCUACGUGCUCUUGCAGGACUGCCCCGAGGUCGCGGACUUCUUCACGGAGCUGGUGGGCGCAGUGGGGGACGUGUCCCUGCAGCUGCAGGCGGACAACACGGUGCAGGUGUUGGAGGGGAUGGUGCAUCCUUACAAAGGUGACCGGGCUGCGUACUGCAGGGAGGCCAACAAGAGGGUGAUGGAUGUGAUCAACUCCGCCAGGGUCCGCCAGCAAGUGCUGCACGCCCAGACCUUCCACGGCGACUCCCUUUUGACUCAGGAGGACGCAGCCGCUGCUGGGGACCGCAGACCAGCCCCCGACACCUGGAUUUACCCACUGGUUCAGAUGAAGCCCUUUGAGAUCCAGAUCGACGAGAUCGUCACCGAGACCUUGCUGACAGAGGCUGAGCGAGGCGCUAGGGUCUACCUCACCACCGGCUACUUCAACCUGACCCAGGCCUACAUGGACCUGGUCUUGGGCACGCGGGCUGAGUACCAGAUCCUGCUGGCCUCCCCGGAGGUGAACGGCUUCUUCGGGGCCAAGGGGGUGGCGGGGGCCAUCCCGGCCGCGUACGUGCACAUCGAGCGGCAGUUCUUCCGUGAGCUGUGCAGCCUGGGCCAGCAGGAGCGCGUCCAGCUGCAGGAGUACUGGCGGAGGGGCUGGACGUUCCACGCCAAAGGCCUCUGGCUGUACCUGGCAGGGAGCAGCCUGCCCUGUCUCACGUUGAUUGGCUCUCCUAAUUUUGGGUACAGGUCGGUUCACCGGGACCUGGAGGCCCAGAUCGCCAUAGUGACGGAGAGCCGGGCCCUGCAGCAGCAGCUCCACCAGGAACAGGAGCAGCUCUACCUGCGCUCAGGUGUGGUGUCCUCCGCCACCUUUGAGCAGCCGAGUCGGCAGGUGAAGCUGUGGGUGAAGAUGGUGACUCCGCUGAUUAAGAACUUCUUCUGAGAACAGACAGGAAUGGCCUUGAUGAAGAUGACGGGCAUGGCUGGCGCCAGCUCCUUCAGCCUGGCCUCGGCGAGGACUCCGGUCUGGGUGUCCCAGCGAGCUCCUGCAGGACAGCACCGUGAGCGCAGGCUGGCCCGUGAGGCCGUGCCUGGGCGCCGCAUGGCAUGCCGGCAGCGAGCUGGGGCGCGGGGGGCGCUAGGGGCUGGGCCAGCGUGGGCAUGGCCGGACACGUGGCUGUGAGCACAGAACCCGGCAGAGUGUUGGGGACUGCGGGGACCCUGCCACGUGCCUCUGAGGGUCGGCACCGCCUCCAGCUCUCGGGGCCACCCGUUUACGUAUGUGGUGUUUUCAGAACCUGUCGGUCAGCUUCGUCAGCCUCGGUGGCAGGAAGUGGUGGCUCCGCCUGGAAGUCCCAGGAGGCCACAUGCACAUCGCCCCGUCCGCGUGUGCACGCGCAGGCACCGGUCCUAGUGCACGCGCAACUGUGACUUGCCUUUAACCAGACUGCUAUCGUUUCUACUCAGCCUGUUAAUGGUGUUUGUGUUUCCUGUCUGUCAUUCCAAAAUAAACACGGAGAGCGGC